AUGAGACUGCCCAGCGUUCUCAUCACCGGCUGCAGCGAUGGCGGGAUUGGGUCUGCCCUGGCCCUCGCCUUCCACAAACGAGGUUAUCACGUCUUCGCUACUGCCAGAGAUACCUCGAAGAUGGGCCUCCUGCGCGAUCUGGCGAACGCGACGUAUCUACAACUAGACGUGACGAAGCCCUAUCAGAUAGCCCUAGCGGUUGACGCUGUCCGGGAGCGCACUGACGGACGGCUCGACUUCCUCGUCAACAACGCCGGAUACACCCGGUUCAUGCCACUGCUGGACGAAGACCCCGAUGCUUGUCGCCAGCUCUUCGAGACCAACGUCUGGGGCGCUCUCGCCGUCACGCAGUCAUUCGCUCCACUGCUGAUCCGGGCGCGGGGCACGGUGAGCUUCAUUACCUCUAUUACAGGCCACUUCCAUCUACCGUUCAUGGGCGUCUACAAUGCGUCGAAAGCUUCCAUGGACCUAAUGGCUGAAACCCUUCGACUGGAACUCGCCCCAUUCGGCGUCAAAACCGUGUCUCUUAUCACCGGGGCCGUCGAGACUCGAGCGCUGGCAUUCUUCAACACCUGGUCCCUGCCUCCCGCGUCUAGGUAUAAACCCAUCGAGCCGGUGAUUACUGCUCGCGUUCGUGGCGUGGAGACCUUUCUCCAGACCCCUACCACGGAUUAUGCGGACCAGGUGGCAGAUAAGCUCAUCAACGGUACGUCGGGGAGGGUUUGGACGGGUGCCAAUUCCACGCUGAUGUGGUUGUUGGUGAAUUACGUGCCGGGGUGGAUUCAGGAUAGAGUAUUGUUCUUUAGGUCGGGGUUGGGCCGGAUCACUGCGCACAGAGAGUGA